CGUUGUUCACAAUUCAAAAUGUUUUCGAGCGAUCGUUUAUGACUACAUGAACAUCUCCUUCAGCGUUGCUGAAUCUAUCUGCGGAAACAAACUUGCUAACAUUUAUGACAUCACACACUUUAACCUACUUCAAGAUUAUUUACGACCAAUGAUUCCUGAUGGAUGGUUAUACGCUUGGGUUCGUACAGGAAUGACUUACAAGAACGGUCAGCUGUAUUCAACGACGGGCCAAGCUAUAUCUCUGCCAACUGAGGUUUGGUUUCCUAAUUAUUAUCCAUCUUCUGAUGCAUCAUACACAACUGUUGUUGUUCGUGUCAGUCGAAACCCGGAAGACGCAUAUCAAGGGAUUUAUAAUGCGACUCCUUCCAUAGGAUUUAACGGAGGCCUUUGUGAAAAUGAAUUAUAACUCUAUUCAUCGAAUGAUUGAUAAACUAAAACUGUAGCAUUAGGGUUAUUAGUAGGUUGCAUGUCCGCAUUAUAUUUUGAAUGAGAUGCAAAAUUUAUAUAUAGAGAGACAAGCCUUAACACAGCACAAUCCUGUCCACUAAUCUCAAAUUUGAGGGCUAUAUGAUGCGUAUUCAAAUGAGGUUUUUCUUGCGUGGGCAUUUCUAAAAAAACGCAUUUUGCUUGUUAGAUUUCUACCGCAUAGAAUAUUUUUCAGAUGUGUCAAGAAAUGUUUUAACUUAUUAUUCUACCUAAUUUGUUUUUAAGUGUAAUGGAAUAGUGCACGAUAUUGUUCAUUCCAAUUUUCCUUAUUUUAGUUCUAUCACGAGUUCGGAGACUAGCCAAGUGACUCCCAUAGUCUUUUUAACUGAAAUUAUGGUCUAAUCCUAACCUGGUACACACCUGGUACAAUUUCUGACUUCAGCUCCGAAAAAGAAAAUUUCCUUUCAAAUUUUGAUAACGAAAACGUUGACGUUUUUGAGGCGAUAC